AUGCGCUACGCGGACCCCUCGGCGAACCGGGAUUUGUUGGGGAACCGAACUUUGCUCUUCAUCUUCAUCUGCGCCUUCGCCUUGGUGACCUUGCUGCAACAGAUCUUGUAUGGCAGGAACUACAUCAAGAGAGGUCUCCAGUUUGGUUGGCAGAGUGGUGACCAGCUGGCCAAUUGGACGGGGCUCUUUAAUGUCACGGACGACCCAGCAGUGCAGAGUGGCAGUGACUCCAGCUCCAGGUACUUUGAAUUUUACGAGGGCCCUUUUGAGUAUAACUCCACGAGAUGCCUGGAGCUGAGGCACGAGAUCUUGGAAGUGAAGGUGCUUUCCAUGGUGAAGCAGUUGGAGCUGUUCGACAGGUGGAAGAGCCUCCAGAUGUGCAAAUGGGCGAUGGACAUCUCUGAAGCCAACCAGUUCAAGUCCACUCUGUCCAGGUGCUGCAAUGCCCCCUCCUUCCUCUUCACCACCCAGAAGAACACGCCCCUGGGGACGAAACUCAAGUAUGAGGUGGACACCAGCGGCAUGUACCACAUCAACCGGGAGAUCUUCCACAUGUUUCCCAAGGACAUGCCCUACUACCGGUCCCAAUUUAAGAAAUGUGCCGUGGUGGGCAAUGGGGGCAUCCUAAAGAACAGCCGCUGCGGGAGGGAGAUCAACAGCGCCGACUUUGUCUUCCGGUGCAACCUACCCCCCAUCUCGGAGAAGUACACCAUGGAUGUAGGGGUGAAGACGGAUGUGGUCACGGUGAACCCCAGCAUCAUCACAGAGAGGUUCCACAAGCUGGAGAAGUGGCGGCGGCCCUUCUACCGGGUGCUGCAGGUGUACGAGAACGCGUCCGUGCUGCUGCCUGCGUUCUACAACACGCGCAACACCGACGUGUCCAUCCGCGUCAAGUACGUGCUGGACGACUUCGAGUCACCGCAGGCCGUGUACUACUUCCACCCGCAGUACCUGGUCAACGUGUCGCGUUACUGGCUCACCCUCGGGGUGCGCGCCAAGCGCAUCAGCACCGGCCUCAUCCUGGCCACGGCGGCGCUGGAACUGUGCGAGGAGGUGCACCUGUUCGGCUUCUGGGCCUUCCCCAUGAACCCCUCGGGCCUCUACAUCACCCACCACUACUACGACAACGUCAAGCCCCGCCCGGGCUUCCACGCCAUGCCCUCCGAGAUCUUCAACUUCCUGCACCUGCACAGCCGCGGCAUCCUGCGCGUGCACACGGGCACCUGCAACUGCUGCUGA